CACAUAUUCAUCAAAAAAUCUUUAAUAUCCUUCUUCCAACACACUACCGUUCCAUGAUGAUGAUGAUCAAGCAAUCACCAUUCUUGCUUUUAACAGCAAUCUUCUUGUUCACAGUUUCUGUUCUCGCAGCAGCACUUGAUCCUGCACCUGAAGACCCAAUUUUCGAACUCUACAUGCACGACAUACUUGGAGGAGGCAGCCCCACGGCGAGGCCCAUCACAGGUUUGCUCGGGAACAUAUACAACGGUCAAGUUCCUUUCGCCAAGCAAAUUGGUUUCACUCCUCCUGAGAACGGUAUAGCCAUACCAAAUGCAAACGGUGCCCUCCCAACGGUUAACGGUAUCAACGGUGUACCUCUUGGGACAGGCUUGUCCGGUACUGCUUACUCUGGUCAGAACUUGAACGGGAUCCAGACUCAGCUUGGUCCUGAUGGACUCAGUCUUGGGUUUGGCACCAUAACAGUCAUCGAUGACAUACUCACAUCUGGUCCUGACUUGGGUUCUCAGCCGCUUGGUAAAGCUCAAGGAGUGUACGUUGCAAGCUCUGGAGAUGGAAGCACACAGAUGAUGGCUUUCACAGCUAUGCUUGAAGGUGGAGAGUACAAUGACAACCUCAACUUCUAUGGGAUUUAUAGGAUAGGAAGCGCCAUGUCUCAUCUGUCAGUGACUGGAGGAACAGGUAAGUUCAAGAACGCUUGUGGGUUUGCAGAGGUCAGGCCAUUGAUUCCAUCGGGUCAACAUUUUGUGGACGGAGCAGAGUCUUUGCUGAGGAUCAUUGUCCAUCUUAAGUACUAAGCAGAACAUAAAAGGAGCCUUACCUGAAGACUUUAAAACCUUUGUGCAUGUGUGUGUGUGUGUGAAUGUUCUUGUUUUGUUUGUUGUAUUUACAUCACAGAAAUCUCUGAAAUUUAUAAAUAUAAGAAUUAUAUUUCAUAAA